AUGUGGUUCUACGAUCAAGAACUAUCGGCUGACAUCUUCUUUCAGGUUUGUUGCAAGGACGAUGCGUCCACCGACCAGGUCGAGUCGGCCAAGCAGCACGCCCAGGACCAGGGCGGAAAGAUCACACACGAGUACAGCCUUAUCAAGGGCUUCGCUGUCGAAUUCCCCGAAGAUUGCAUACAGACCCUCGAGAACCACGAGCAUGUAAAGACUGUCGAGGAGGACGGUACAAUGACGACCCAGUAG